UCACUAAAACUUGUAUGCACACUAGUUACACGUUUUGAUCAUCCAGGAAAAUGCUUGAUCUUCAGAAGCCUCCCAUCGCUCCCAUGCCAGGGGCAUGUAAACCGUAACCCAAACCUUAAUUUUCCUUGCUUUCGCUUCUCUGCCACCACCACCAGGCAAUGUGACUUUUAUUUUCUCUGCACACCCAUGUUAGUUAACUAUUAGCUGCAAAGACAAAAGAAUGUAGUAACAACAUAAUGGAGAAGAAACAUUGAGACGACGCUAGAAAUUCUCACAAAAGCAGAACAUCCGGUCAUUUCGCCUAGCAGAUCAAUUUAGCACAACCAUUAGACCUUCAUAACUCCAUCUAGAUUUUUUGUGGAAUCAUAUUUUUAAAACUGGUGGGGCAUUCCUCCUUUUAAUGUAGUUAGAUGUUCAUGGACCGGCCUUGGGUUGUUCUAUUAUCCGGGAGAACAGAUACUCAAAAACUUAUAAACUAUUUUGGACACAAUGAAAUAUCAUUUUAAUAUUAAGAGGCUGCUUAGUCUGGUGUAAAAAAAUAUAUGCAGGCAAUCCAAAACAAUUGGCCACCGAUUGGUCAGCAGCCAACUUAUCUUUUGAACCUCUCAAAAUUGCCACAAUGAGUUGCCAAAUGUUGGUAUGCCAGAACAUUGAAAAGCCAAUAUUUGGCAUGCAACCAAGCACACUCGAAAAGCGUGCCAAUUUUUGUGCAAAAUAUGACUAUAUGCUUGCUUCGACAAAAAUACAAAUUUGUACAACCCGAGUCCUGUAUGUUAUACUAUUCAAAUGUAAUUCUGGUGCAAAAUAUGACCAUAUACUUUUUUUGUACAAAGUCUUUGCGACUAUAUGUUUGCAUUUUUUUAAAUGUACAUACUAUACCAUGAUUAAUGUCCAUCAAAUGUUUCAUAAAUACACAUAUUUCAAGGGGGCAAUGGAGAAAAUAUAAGUUCUGCACACAACCAUUUCACUGGUGAUAUAUUCACUCGCUGAACUAAGCAUAUUUAUCUAUCAUGUUUUUUCCAAUUAAUAAAAACCAACUAUGCCUCACAGUUUUUUGAAACACCAUGCAGGCAGUAACAGGGAUGUCGAGGUGGAGCCCAUAUGUCUUAACAGCAUAACAAUUCGAGGUGGACGGUACAUAUAUUCGCUUGAAUUUUCGUACAAUGACGAACACGGAUUGGAACACCAUGCAGGCCCAUGGGGAGUUUGCGAUUACUUAACUGAUGGCAUCCUUAGUACGAUUGAUCUUGGAGAAGCAGAGUUUCUGACGGGGAUUUCCGGAACAAUUAAUUCUUCUAACCAAUAUGCAAGCAAAAUUAUAGAUUCACUUACGCUUAUCACCAAUGUCCGUAAUUAUGGACCUUUUGGAGGAGUAGGAGGAACUCAUUUUUGUAGUCCGCUCAUGGGCAACGCUAGUAUUGUUGGCUUCUUUGGCCGUUCUGGACAUGUUGUUGAUGCAAUCGGCCUCUAUGUGAACCUUGCGAGAGGACCAAUGGAGAAACAGGAUUUGAUUACCAAGGUUGAUCUAUGGGGAGGUAAUUCAGGGCAGGCGCAUGACUUGGACGUGGUACCACGACGUUUGAUAAGCGUGGUAGUUCUUAGUGGCGAGGUAAUUGAUUCACUCAAGUUUACGUACAGCGACUGCGAUGGACAUCAGCACACUGCUGGUCCGUGGGGAGGAUCGGAUGCAUCUCAGAGUAUGAACAAUCAUAUGAUUCUGCUUGGCCGUUCAGAGGUAGUGAAGGAAGUUUCUGGAACAAUUGGUCCGAAUUCCUCUGUUCCAGAUUUUGUAUCGUCACUUUUGCUCGCCACCAAUACUUCGAGCCAUGGACCUUUUGGAGAAGGGAGGGGGAUUCCUUUCCGCAUUCCGUUGCAGGAUAAUGAUAGCAUCGUUGGCUUUUUUGCCCAGGCUGAGAAGCAUAUUAACGCAAUUGGUUUCUAUCUCGAAUCAAUGGAAAUCAAGGUACUCCUCCUAUUCAUAUUGCUUGCCGCAGCUAUGAUGCUUUUAGUUCAUUUCUUUAUGUUUGAUUUCUUUUGUAGAAACUUUUUUUUAUUUGAGCCUUCGUUGAUCCAUGUGCACUUAAGCUUCUUCUGGAUGUCUGUCGCUAGGCUUUGGUUACAAAAAUUAUUACUUCCUCUGUUCCAUAAUUCUUAUUAUGGUUGGUCGGAAACCAACUACGACAAGAUUUAUGGAACAAUCAACUCUGACAAAAUGUAUGGAACAGAGGGAGUAGUAUGCAGUGGAAGCAAAUAGGUUGGAGUGUCACUCUCCGUACUAACACCUCUCCUAAUCAUAUUACAAAUUAGACUAUAACAGCGUGCAUCACCAGUGCCACACUCGUCUAUUUUGACAAUAGAAUGGUAUACAUUUCUGUAAAUAUACUGUCACCACUGCCUAAAACCAUUUGAUCAUAACUUUAUAUUCGCAAUCUCAUAAAUUAAACAAAUUAUCUUUAAAUAGGCCUGAACCAGUCCAUAACUGUAAACAAAACUUCGGGACAUGGACCCGGCUAGCAGUUUGAGAUCUAUCACUCUAUAAGCCAAGAGCCCAGGAGUACUGAAACAAACUCCAAACUUGUCUAGCAAUAUACCCUUAUUCCUUUAGCAAAUAAAGUGCAAAAUCAGUUCCAUGGGAAAAAAGAGAUUAAAACACAACACUGGUAAAGACCAAAGAACAAUCCCCGAAAAAAAAACCCAAAGAACAAGGUGUUGUACUGCAUCCCGUGCGUUGUUUUGCUGGCUGGUGGCCACACCUUCUCGGCAGGUCGUGUAAUCCACCUGGGUUAUACAUCAUGAAUCAACGUAGCAGUUUAUGCUAGCUCCACCAUAUCAGCUGAUUUAUGACACCGUCAAGCCAUUGUGAUUGAGCAUUAGUUAGUAUGAAGAUCCUGGCGAAAUAAAUUUAUAAUCUCUAUCUACUAAUAAAAGAAAUAGGUAUUCCUAAUCCGUCAUGCUGUUUUGUAGAAACCCCCCUGAUUAUUUUUUCUAAUAAAAGAAAUAGGUAUUCUUAGUCCGUCAUGCUAUUUUAUAGAAAACCCCCUGAUAUUUUUGACAUUAAACCUGCAGUACAUAUCAACUGUUUUUUUAAUACUCAUAUCUUCUAAACCGUAACUUUAAAUCUAACAUGUUAUAUAUGGAAUUUGAUUAGAAAAAUAUGUAGAAUCUAAAUAUGAUGUUAUUUUACCUGUUAAAAAUUAAAAAAACUAUCUAGGCUGCAAUGUUAAUAAACAAUGCAUUAUUCAUCUUUUUUCAUACCAGUACUGAUUUAGAUUCGGGAUGAACACCUCAGCAAAAUCAGGAUUGGACAUGAAAUAGAAGAUAAAUUUGCUAGAGACACCCAAUAAAUAAGGAUAUGCAUGACAAGAAAUAAAAGAAGGACCCAAUAAAGAUGUGAUGUCCACUAUAAAAAAAAUAAAAGAGACAAUGCAGAGAAGAUCUGAUACAGAUGAGAUGUUGCGCUAUUCUCCUAUAUAUAAGAAAAAAAGAGGACAUGCAUGAAAAAGGUAAAAAGGAGACAUGCAUAUCCUGUUGCAACGCACGGGCCUUUUUGCUAGUCUAUUAAAUAUAUUGUUAAACAUAAAAAAAAUGCAUCAAAAUACCUAUAUAAACAUUAAGGACCCCCUUAGCUGGCGAACAUUCGCCAGGAGGAGUGCAUUUGUGAACGUUUUGAUGGCAUUUUUAGUUAUGUGUGGGGUGACAGUUUCUCUAGAACAACAUGACAUUUUCCGGAAUGAAGGUUGAAAACUGCCAUCCUCCCAAGAAAAUGUCAUGUCGCUCUGAAAAAAUGCCACCCCCGACACAACUAAAAUUACCAGAAAAAAUGUUUGAAAUGUCACCAUGUCCCAACGAACGUCAGUUAGAUAAGAUUCCCGAACAUUAAUUGUUACAUCCAUGGUCUUGACCGAUGUGGAUUUUGUGUCGUCCUAUUGGGCUACAACAGUGAUCAACACCAAUGUGUACUUCAGCUUA